AAGGGAUGGUUGUCCAAGGGUGCUUAUGUAAGUGGUGGUGAGAGGGAUGGUAGUGAGAGGGAUGGUAGGGUAAGGGAUGGUGAUGAGGAAGAUGAGGAUGAUGGAGAUUAUAUAUUUGGUUUCAGUUCAGAAGAUAAGGAAUGGGAAGAUGAAAAUGAAGGGUAUUCUAGUGAUAGUGGACUAGUAGAUGAAGGUACUAUGGGGGGAGUUCAAAUAAGUAGUGAUGAUGGUUUGUCAAAUUAUGGGUCAGGGGAUGAAUGUGGAUCAGAAUCAAGUAUUGAAAUAUUGGGUGAUACUGAUAAAGAAAUAAUGGAUGAAACUGGUAGAACUGUGGUAGACCUUGGUGCUAGGACUUGUGUAUGUAGGGCAUGGCAAAUUUUUGGCCUCCCCUGCAAGCAUGCAGCUGCUGCAAUGGCUUACAAGAGAAUGAAUAUUGAGCUAUUUUGUGAUGAAAAAUUUAGUAAGCAUGCUUAUUUGGAAGCUCAUGGGGGAAUGAUACAUCCCAUAGUUGACUCAAAACUAUGGCCACCUGCUCAUGGUGAUCCACUUGAUCCUCCUCCACCUUAUAGAAGGCCUGGUAGGCCAAAGAAAAAUAGAAGAAGAGAUGCAGAUGAACCUGCAGCAGGGACUAGUCAAGUGAGAAGGUCAAUGACCAUAAGAUGCAUGAUUUGCAAGGCUCUUGGACAUAACAAAAGAACAUGUCCAAAAAAUACAAAUAAGGUCCAGAAGGGAAGUUCUUCAAAAGCUGCAAAUGCAAGUGGUCCAGAGAAAAGUUCAAGCACAUCUCAGAGAGUUAGGAGGGGGGGUUUAUCACAACCCUUGGGUGUAAAUAGUUCUCAACCCUAACUUGGUAGAGGCACAACUCAAAUGGCAGUUAGAGGUGGGGGGUGGUAUAAGCAGUUCUCAACCCCAAGGUGCUACAUGGAGUUUUGGUGCAAGCAGUUCUCAGCCCCAACUUGGUAGAGGGACAACUUAAAUGGCAGUUAGAGGUGGGAGGGGUGCGUCUAUGUCUCAGCCCCAACUUGGUAGUGGUACCUCUUCUGAUAUGGUAAAUUAUAGUGUCAUGUAAAUUUUAGUUAUAUAUUUCGUUUCUUCUUCUUCUUCUUUUUUUUUUUUUUUUUUUUUUUUUUUUUUUUUUUGAACUCCAUUUAUUUGUUUUCCACAUGCAAUGUGGUAACUGUCAUGCUGUUUCAAUCCUUCUGGCCUCCCCUGAAGAAUGUUUUUUGUGUUCUUAUUUUGAGCAUAUAUGGAUAACUACCUGUCACUUUUGAUGUUACUAUUUUGUUUUGAUGGCAUGUGGACAAAUGUUUGCUCAUAGUUAGAGUUGCAUUUGGAGCAUAUGUGGAUAACCUGUCACUUUUUGGGAAACUUUGCUUGCUAUUUGUUGACAAUUUUUGGGAUAUUGUUGGAUAGGUUAUUGGACAGGAUAUAAUUACAUACUUAUACUCAUGGGUCUUGGGUAUACUUUUGGUUGUUUUGUGUAUGUAAUGAAGUGGAGACAGUUGGAUUGAACUAUAUAUAAGCUUUUGGUUA